ACUCAAUCUAUAGCUUUUGGGUUUUGUGCCUUUGGCGACCGCGCCACGACCGCGGAUUGAUUCCUUCGUCGUUAACUGGCGCGAAACUCGGGGAACGCCCUCGCCGGCGCUCCGGCCAGGCCUGAGAAGUGCCGAGACAGAGCCUCCUUGUCGAUGGAGAGAUGUGGAGGUGUCGUCCUCCACUCCAAUCUCCGGAUCCAAUCCUCCAUCCCUCGUCGCCGGACCCCCUUCUCUCGUUCUGGCCACCCGCUUCCUCUUCCUAGCUGCGCUGCACGUCGAAAAAUUUUCAGAACGGCUCCCAGGGCUUCCCCUCUCGUUGAUCACUUUAGGCUAGGUAAUUUUCAGAAUGAUAAAAGACACAUGCUUGUGAACAAGGUGAUCCAUAAAUCUCAAAAUGCUCUGAGCGUUUAUAGUUCCUGUGGAUCACGAGAAGCAAGCACAAGUGGUGGUGAAAUGAGAAAAAAUGAACUUCUAGUUGAUUGCGGAACUGAUCAGGAGGAAUGUGUUGUGGGACGUAUAGUGGCCUUAGGAAAGUUUGAUGCCCUUCAUAUUGGCCACCGGGAACUUGCUAUACAAGCAUCAAAGGCUGGAACUCCAUUUCUUCUUUCAUUUGUACGAAUGGCAGAAAUACUUGGUUGGGAAUACAGGCCUCCUAUUGUCGCCAAAUGUGAUAGGAAGCGAAUCCUAUCCUCUUGGGCUCCUUAUUGUGGUAAUGUAAUUCCCCAUGAAUAUGAAGUUGACUUCUCCAAAGUUAGGCAUCUUACCCCUCGACAAUUUGUUGAAAGGUUGUCCAAGGAGCUCAGAGUAAGUGGAGUUGUUGCAGGUGAGAAUUACAGAUUCGGAUAUAGAGCGUCAGGUGAUGCAUCAGAGUUGGUGAGACUAUGCAAGGAGUAUGGUUUAGAAGCAUAUAUUGUGGGCUCUGUUAUGGAUAGAAGCCAACCAUCUUACAAUGGGACUAGCAAAGGCAUCAAUUCAAACGAUCGAGGCCAGGUAUCCUCAACUCGUGUGCGCCAUGCUCUUGCUCUACGUGACAUGGAGUAUGUGGGGAAACUUCUGGGGAGAAAGCAUCGGCUUGUUCUAUCAGCAGACAAAGGAUUGAUCGCUAGAUCUGAUAGUGCACCCAAUAGAUUUUCUAUUCCGAAAUUGUGCAUGCUGAACCAACCACCAGAUGAUGGGGUGUUUGAUAACUGCAGUUUAUUGGUGGAUGAUGCAUAUGUUGCACCUUGCAGAGUGAUCAUUGAUACUGAACUCAUCAACAUAGAAUCAGAUGAUGGAAGCGCUUGUUUACAGGAACAUCUACAGAAUGGUCAGCAAUUCGGCAUAGAAUUUGGAUGGUAAGAGAUCUUGAUGGCCAACUAGGUAUUGUCACUCGUUAUGAAUGAAAAUAUAAUGUUAUGAAAAA